AUGAGGUCGUCCUGCGUCCUGCUUACCGCCCUAGUGGCGCUGGCCGCCUAUUACAUCUACAUCCCUCUGCCCAGCUCCGUCUCCGAUCCCUGGAAGCUGAUGCUGCUGGACGCCACUUUCCGGAGCGCACAGCAAGUGAGCAACUUGAUACACUACCUGGGCCUCAGUCAUCAUCUGCUCGCGCUGAACUUCAUCAUCGUUUCUUUUGGCAAGAAAAGUGCAUGGUCGUCUGCUCGGGUGAAGGUGACUGACACUGACUUUGAUGGUGUGGAAGUCAGAGUGUUUGAAGGCCCUCCAAAGCCAGAAGAGCCUCUGAAACGCAGUGUUGUUUAUAUCCAUGGAGGAGGCUGGGCCUUGGCAAGCGCAAAAAUCAGGUAUUAUGAUGAACUGUGCACAGCCAUGGCUGAGGAAUUGAAUGCUGUCAUUGUCUCCAUUGAAUACAGGCUAGUUCCAAAGGUUUAUUUUCCUGAGCAAAUUCACGAUGUUGUACGUGCCACGAAGUACUUCCUCCAGCCAGAAGUCUUACACAAGUAUUCAGUUGACCCAGGGAGAGUCGGCAUUUCUGGUGACAGUGCUGGCGGGAAUUUGGCAGCUGCCCUGGGCCAACAGUUUAAUCAAGAUACCAACCUAAAAAACAAGCUCAAAGUGCAAGCUUUAAUUUAUCCAGUUCUUCAAGCUUUAGAUUUUAAUACACCCUCUUAUCAGCAAAAUAUGAACACCCCCAUUCUGCCCCGGUAUGUCAUGGUGAAGUACUGGGUGGACUACUUCAAUGGCAAUUAUGACUUUGUCCAGGCAAUGAUAGUCAACAAUCACACGUCACUGGAUGUGGAUGAGGCUUCUUCCCUCAGGGCCCGUCUAAACUGGACAUCCCUUUUGCCCACUUCCAUCACAAAGAACUAUAAGCCUGUCAUGCAGACCACUGGCAACUCCAGGAUUGUCCAGGAGAUCCCUCAGCUGCUGGAUGCCCGCUCGGCCCCACUCAUCGCAGACCAGGAGGUCCUGCAGCACCUCCCAAAGACCUAUAUUCUGACCUGUGAGCACGAUGUCCUAAGAGACGACGGAAUCAUGUAUGCAAAGCGUUUGGAGAGUGCGGGUGUGGAGGUGACCCUGGAUCACUUUGAGGAUGGCUUCCACGGGUGCAUGAUUUUCACCAGUUGGCCGACCAACUUCUCAGUGGGAAUUCGGACUAGGAAUAGUUACAUCAAGUGGCUGGAUCAAAACCUGUGA